AUGUCGUGUCAUGUUGACAAAGAGAAAGAGCCGGAGCUCGCAAACACCACUGAGUCAUCGCCCAAAGAACAGAAAACGGCCGUAGCGGCACUGUCCAACGAAAUCAUGGACGAAAUAUUCGAAAUACUGCUCCACGAGAAAAAACUCGGACCAUGCGGCGCGGUGGCUCGAAGUUGGGAAAAGCCCGUCAGGAGAAUCUUCUUCCGGGAAUUGACAACCACAGACCAACCUGAGGACUUCAAACAUCUAAUCGAGAUCGUGACACCAGAACGUAGCCGUUGGGUUAAGCGGCUGCAUUUCGUAGUAUUCAUACCCUACUCCUUCGACGUCGACGACAAAGACAACGAUGACGUCUUUGAGCGGUCCCUGGCAUCGCUUUUGCGCAUCAUGGCCGCGUGGCAUCACGAUGGGCAAGCGCCCAGAGUACUGAGUAUUACCAGCAGUUGGUUGUGGAAGGAACCGGACUGGUUUACAAGCUGGUCCAGAUCUCGUGGCGAACGGUGCCACACACGCUCAAUAUCACAGGAAUCCACAUUCAAAUACUCCAGAUUCAAUCUAGAUUGCGAGACCUUGCCUGUAUUGGCUUAUAUGAAGCAACUGGAGAUUCGUUUGAGCACACAUGCGACCUAUAAUACCACAGGCAGACGUAUAGCACUGGCUACAUGGCCAAAACUGCUGAGCAAAAUGCCCUCAGUUACAACCACUUCGAUGACAUUAAUCGAUGAAGGGUUUCGUGAUGUUGCGCAGCAAAGAAGCGACCGACUCGGCCUGGCCGAGAGUUUCAGGGACGACGGCUACAUGUCCGCAUCCACGGUGCGUGACGUAAAACUUGAUAUGAAACAUGCGAUAUUCCGCACGCCUACAAUUCAACAUUGCGAGCUGCUCUCCCCUUAUUCAUUCGAUCCUCUCAGCGCAAGCCUAAGGAACUGGUCUCACAAUCUCGUCCGCCUCAAACUGAAAGGCAAGUUCGACCAGUCGUUAUUCUGGCCCCAGGACAACGAGUGGGAUGGGUACGAAGCCACGGAAGAGCCACUGUGGCCCAAUCUUGAGGAAUUCUCUGUGGGAUUACAUCAAGAAUCUCCCUCUGGAAAGCAAUACCUCUUGCCCGGGGAUCACCAUCGCGUUAAGAUACUGCCAGUCCCGACAUCAAACUCAGGCUACUCCCCUCCUCGACUUUCCGACGAUCUUACGGCAAGGAACGAGAUCGAACAAGGAGAUCCGUGGGGACAGUAUGCGUCCGUACCAUCGCCGCAACCGUUUCGCCGAGAGAAGAGAAACAGCAAUGCCCAUGAAGUGCCGUGUCCAGAGACGUUUAACCCCGUGGUUGAAGCCUGGGCACAGGCUUUGAGGAAUAUGCCGUCUUUACAGUCAGCCCAGCUUUUUAUAGACUGCUAUAUUGAUGAGGGAAGUAACAAGCGCUCCGAUGACUGCGAGUUCGUCUGGAGAAUAGGGUACGAGGCACCUGGGGGUAUACGUUGGGACGAGAAAUGGAAACCAUUUCGUCGGCUUGUGUUAUACAACGUCAUGGGCUGGCGCCCCGAGAACAGCACAAUGGAUAAGCUGAGGCAGGUCGGAGAGAAGUCGCAUCCUGGAAGGGACAUGAAGAUUCUGGAUGGAGAGAGACGCCAUUUACCGCCGAUUGACGACUCGACGCCGCCGAGCGAGUGGCCUCCUUGGCCGUAUGAAUGGUGA